AUGGCUCUCAAACUUGACAUCUCUUAUGCUUAUGAUAAAGUUAAUUGGAAAUUCAUGUAUGUGGUCCUUUCUAAGAUGGGAUUCCAAGAAAGAUUUAUCAAUAUUAUCAGGGUGUCAGUGGAAAGUGUUCACUAUUCGGUGAUCGUCAAUGGCACCCCUUGGGGCUUCUUUAAGCCUGGGAAGGGGCUAAGUGGUUCUACAACAGGGGGUAUAAUUAUCAGAGACAGCUUGGGCAACCUGGUUUUGGCCUAUGUAGGAAAUUUUGACUCUGUCUCGAGCAACAUGGCUAAAGCCCUCGCUCUCUUUUGGGGGCUUAAGCUGGAUCUUGGCAUCAAUGUUAAAAGAUUGAUCAUUGAAGGGGACUCUAAGUUGAUUAUUGAGGCCGUUAAAGGUGUUUCAGGGAUUAGCUGGAUGAUCAACAAUGUCAUCAAGGCCAUCUGGCUUGCGUUGCAUCUCAACUUCACUCUGGAGGAAGCUAUCUUUGGGGGAAUUUAG